CUCGCAGGCGGGUGGCGGCGGCCGUGCUCGCUAGUGAGGGCGGGAGGGAGUGAGUCACUGAGCGUGUGUGAGGGAGGGAAGGAGCGAGCGAGCGAGCAACCCGCGCCGUCCGCCCGCAGCACCAGCCAGGCCCCGCCGCCGCCCCGCGCCCAGGCCGGGCCGAGCCGAACCGAGCUGGGUCGGGCCCGGGCCAUGCUGCUCACGGUGUACUGUGUGCGGAGGGACCUCUCCGAGGUGACCUUUUCCCUCCAGGUCGACGCCGACUUCGAGCUGCACAACUUCCGCGCGCUGUGCGAGCUCGAGUCCGGCAUCCCCGCCGCCGAGAGCCAGAUCGUCUAUGCCGAAAGGCCUCUCACAGACAACCACAGAUCAUUGGCGUCUUACGGCUUGAAAGAUGGGGACGUUGUGAUUUUACGACAGAAGGAGAAUGCAGACCCUCGGCCUUCAGUGCAGUUCCCAACAGACCUACCCCGGAUAGACUUCAGUAGUAUAGCCGUGCCUGGCACAUCGAGCCCCCGGCAGCGCCUGCCUCAAGGAGCACAACAGCCCCACUCAUCUCCUGGAGAAACGACAUCCUCUCCUCAGGGCUUGGACAACCCUGCCCUGCUCCGAGACAUGCUGCUGGCCAACCCACACGAGUUGUCCUUGCUGAAGGAGCGCAACCCGCCGCUGGCGGAGGCGCUGCUCAGUGGAGAUCUUGAGAAAUUUUCCAGGGUUCUAGUAGAGCAGCAGCAGGACCGAGCCCGGAGAGAACAAGAAAGAAUUCGUCUCUUUUCUGCUGACCCCUUUGAUCUUGAAGCUCAGGCAAAGAUAGAAGAAGAUAUAAGGCAACAGAACAUUGAGGAGAACAUGACCAUAGCCAUGGAAGAGGCUCCGGAGAGCUUUGGCCAAGUAGUGAUGCUCUAUAUCAACUGCAAGGUGAACGGACACCCUGUGAAAGCCUUUGUUGACUCAGGUGCCCAGAUGACCAUAAUGAGCCAGGCUUGUGCGGAGAGGUGUAAUAUAAUGAGGCUGGUGGACCGUCGGUGGGCAGGGAUUGCCAAAGGAGUGGGCACCCAGAAGAUUAUUGGAAGGGUACAUCUAGCUCAGGUUCAAAUUGAAGGUGAUUUCCUGGCAUGUUCUUUCUCUAUACUUGAGGAGCAGCCCAUGGACAUGCUUCUGGGACUAGACAUGCUUAAACGGCAUCAGUGUUCCAUUGACCUCAAGAAAAAUGUACUGGUGAUCGGCACCACAGGCUCACAGACCACCUUCCUUCCUGAGGGAGAGUUACCAGAGUGUGCCCGGUUGGCAUAUGGGGCUGGGCGAGAGGAUGUGCGGCCAGAGGAGAUUGCAGACCAGGAAUUAGCAGAAGCCAUUCAAAAAUCAGCAGAAGAUGCAGAGAAAAGUGGUAAAGAAUCUACCUCACUGGGAAUGUCAUCCUUACCAACUUCAGAUGGAUUGAACCAUCCAGCCCCUUCUUCAGGACGGAGUCCUGAGAUUGGCAAUCCUACGAGUCUUGCUCGCUCUGUCUCUGCUUCAGUCUGCCCUACCAAGCCCAGUGACCCAGAUAGCAUCGAACCUAAAGCUGUGAAGGCUUUGAAAGCUUCAGCUGAAUUCCAGAUAAACUCCCAAAAAAGAGAACAUCUUCCUCUGCAAGAUUUUUCUGGUCCUGCUUCCUCUACAGACCAGUGUCCAGCUAUGCCUUUGCAUAAUUCAUCAGAAGAAGCAGUUGUUGCAGAUAAUCUGGAGAAAUCUGCUGAAAGAAGCACCCAGGGCCUCAAAUGUUGUCUCCACACAAGACAGGAAGCUAGUUUAUGUGUCACAGCUACAAGGAUGCAUGAGUCACAGGUGGCUGUAGGUGAAAAGAGUCGGCCUCCAGAAAAUCAGAACCUGAGUCAAGUAAGUGGCUUUCAGCCUCACGAAGAACCAGAGAACGAACCACAUGAAGCUGUACAGCAUGAUGCUCCACAUGACCAAGAACAUCUUUGUGACAUGAGGGACCUUCAUGAACUUCCUGAAGAGAGGCAGCAGGACCAACAAGAAAUAUCUUUGGAAACUACAAUGAAAGGAGAUGGGCUACAGCAGAGUGUGGAUCUUCAAAGUACAAAAGAAAGUUUCCUACUUUCAGGACGCUUUGGCUGCACAGAUUCAGAAACACUUAUGGAAAUAGAUGUAGUCGAACAGUCCCUAGUUGCUGUUCUUAACUCAGCAGGCAGCCCCGAGAGUGUUGGUGCAUGUGACCUCCCUUCAGGUAACCCCCUGAUGGAAGUAGAAACAUCAAAAUGUAACCCCUUGCGGGGAAGUCUCAAUAGUUCUGUUUCCACUCAGGAUUUACAGCCCCCAGAAAGCAGUGCUGAAAGGUCUGGGACAAACAACGAAUGUAGCAGCUACCCCCACUCUGUGGAGUCAGCAGAAGAGUCUUGUUCAUCUGUAACAGCAGCCUUGAAAGAGCUUCAUGAACUUUUAGUCAUUAGUAAUAAGCCAGCUUUUGAGAGUGUGUCUGAAGAAGUUGUCUGUCAAUCAGAAAAAGGAGCCAAAAGCCAAACAGGUAUUAAGGGCUUUUCAGAAAGAUGGACCCAAAAUGAGCAUCUGAGCCACAGUGAACAGUGUUCACAAGUCUCCUUUUAUCAGGCCAGGUCUGUAUCAGCGGAGAUGGAAAACUUGGGCACUGUCCCUGGAACUGGAAUAGAAGGUGUAGGAAAUACUAACUUCAGGGGUCCAGGUGAUAGCCUGUUGGCUGACAAGGAAAGUGUCCCCAAAUCUAAAGAGUCAGGAAGUGAGAGCAGCUGUGUCACUGUACCCUCAGCUGAAUCAUCUAAUCAGUUACACUGUACCUUAGGUGCAGAAAUUUCAUCCAAACUUGUAGCAGGUGAGGAGGAUGCACUCAGUCAGACUUCUGAGCAAACUUCGCCAUCCAGUUUCAUUUUGGUUAAAGACUUGGGUCAGGGCAGACAGAAUCCAGUAACAGCCAGACCUGAAACCAGAGAAAAUGUCUGCCCUGAAGCUGCAAGGCCGUUUCUCGAAUUAGAGCCACUUACCAGCCAUCCAUCAAGUCCCUCCAUUCUUCCACCAUUAGUCUUUCCUGCCACAGAUAUUGACCGGAUUCUCCGCGCCGGCUUUACUCUGCAGGAAGCUCUCGGGGCUCUGCAUCGAGUCGGUGGAAAUGCAGACCUUGCACUUCUUGUUUUGCUAGCAAAGAACAUUGUAGUUCCUACGUAACUAUGGGAAGGUGGGCUAGCCCGUACUCCAUUCCCUUAACCGAAGCUCCCUACACACACACUCACAUCAUAUACACACACACAGUACAUGUAGAGACCUGCAAGCAGAAUGUUGAGCCAGAUUUUUUUUUUAAAGAUUUUUUUCGGCCAAAGUAAUUUAUGAUCUCUUGUCUGAUGAAUUUGUCUAUAUUACUUGUUAAAAUUUGGGCCUUUUUAAAUGUAUUGGCAGAAUGUGCAUACAAAAGCUUUUUAUUCUCUGAAGAUGAUGUAUUCUGGAAUAAAAUGGAGGUUUUGUGUAUAGCAUACCAUUUUAGAAUGAGAGUGAAUGCUUUGAAAAGCAGAAGCCAUGAGAACUCCCACCACCCAGGCAACAGAGACUGCCCGGCUUCAUGCCGCGGCCGUGCUGUAGGCAGGGAUGGCUUGUUGACUCAGUCGUCAGUGUAGAAACUUGACCACACAGUUUGGUGUUUGGAAUCAUACCCAUUGUCUAUGUGUCAUGAUUAACCAAUUGUAAUAGGAAACAAAUAAUUCAGUUAAUUUCCUAGAGCAGUAUGUUUUUAUUUGUGUACUCAGGCUUUGACAUUUUAAUAGGGUGAGCAGAAGGGUUUGAAGCUCAGGCUGCUUUGAGCGUCACAGGCUGCUGCGUGAGUUGCUUGCCAGGUAUCUUAGGACAUUGAAUGGGGUAUGGUGGAGGGAUUAAUGUUAGUGUGAAACACGGUGCUACCCAGAUUUAAAAAGGGAAGGAAGAAAGACCCAAUCGUAGCUCCCUUUGUAAAUGUCAAGGACUGAAUGAAUAGGUAAACACUGGAACUUACUAGAGAUUGGGUUUGUGCGCAUCUCACUGACAUCUCAGCCCUUAAUGACUGAGGAAGAAGGCAGAUUCCACCAACAAGUUGAAUGCCAGCAGCCUACUUCAUUUCUAACCUGUCUUCUAGGAGGUUUAAGAGCUCGCUUUGGACUGUGAUCUGAGCAUAACACUGAAGUGUGAUAGGUACCUUGUCUCUGGUUCAUCUUGGUGCUUAGAAUGGUCAGUCUGUUUGUCCUUCGUGGCAGUGAAAAUAGUAAUUGUAGUUUCUGACCCAAGUGGCCUUGGUAGAGUUUUCCAUCCCUUUCUUUCCUCAGGAGUUUCUUUUUAAGCAAGACUUAUAUUUAUGUUUACCAUGUCAAGUUAGAGUGGGGCAUAAUAUAUAGACGUAUUUAUUGUGGCCUUUUUUAAUAUAAAGACUAGCCCUUGGAAGUCAUUGUCCUGUGGGCCCCACUGUGCAAUAAUCCUAUUGGAUAGGUUUUAGGUAACUUUUCUGGAAAAUAAACUGUUCUCCUUGGACCUAGCAGGAAUCUGAAAUCUUGGUUUUCUUGAAAAGAAUUUUGAGAAUGAUAAUCCCUGACUUCAGGUUAUAGUUUGCAACUUGUUUGAACCAGAAGCUUUCAAAGAGUGAUUUCUGAUCUUCAUGUUAAAUGAUUUUGUCUAAAAUCUCUCUCUGAAAACUCAUUCUUCCCAUCAGAAUUCAAGUCAUUGAGCACAACCAAAAUGGAGGCUCAUAUCUCAGGAGCUUUUGAUUAGAACUUUAAUUUAGGGGUGCUUAGAGGCAUUUCCCGACUCCCCAUCCCAGUUUCUUUUUGCUGUGUUUGUAUGUGUGCUGAGAGAGUUCAGCAGGGGGAUGGCAAGUCACAUACAUGAUCCUUUCUAAAGUGAGCAAAAGGCUGACGGAAAGAGUCAUGGUUCACUGCUUUCCAGAGGGUGCCCUGAACAGCAGGUCAGCCAGUUGCCCUUAGGGUGCUCCUAUCGACAGCCACAUGUUGUGGACCCUUUGCCUGCCCUACACCAAAGAUGGGAGAUGCACUAGGAAACUGCUCAGAGGGUUUGUCGGCUGACUCUUCAAGCUGUGAUUGUACUGAGGAGUUGGUGCUAUGAUUGAGACAAAUUCCAGCAGCAAUGCAGCAGGGCCCCUUGUCUGCUUGAUGGGUAGUGGUUUGGGGGUAUCUCAAGCCUAUAAAUCCUUGGGACCGCAGGGUGUGGGGGGGAAUUUAUUGAUGAUAGUAGACUUCUCUCCAAAGGCCCUCUGGGAAGAUGGGCUCGCAGCUUGCUUGGUGAGCCAUGGCCACUGAGUUUUUACAACAUGGAUAUUUGGGAAUUACUUCCAAGUGGGAUAUGUAAUAUCAGUCUGGAAAAGGAUUUCAUUACAGUAGCUUUUUAUGUAUGUAUAUGUAUAUUUAUUUUUAGGAGAAAAUCAAAUAGACCUGUAGUCAUAUAGUUAUUAGGAGUACUAUAAAUGAGCUUAACCCACUUGCCAAAUAUCCUCGUCCCUUUUGUCAUUUUCUUUCAUAGUUGCUUUUGAUUUUUAAAAUCUUUAUCCAUUUGUCUAAAAAUAAAGUUGACAUUGUUAGGGCCUUCGAGUGACUUCUGGAACAUGCAGAGGGUAUUACGGAACAUUGCACUAGUGAACCUUCAUUGUCCCAUUUUUAUUCAGUGUUUAGCAUUUUAAGAACUCGGAAGUCAGGCACGCGGUGCACAUCUGCAGUCCUAGCAGCUCAGGAGCCUAAGGCAGGAGGAUUGCAAGCUUAAGGCCAGCCUGGGCAACAUAGCAAGUCCCUGUCUCAAAAAGGGCUAGGGAUGUAGCUCAGUAAGGGUGCCCCUGGAUUUAGUCCCUAGUACCGCAAAAAAAAAAAAAAAACAACUCCAGGAAUAUAGAGAUUCUAGAUCGGCUUGUAAGAAUAAGAUGAAAUCAUUGGGCUGGACAUGGUGGCGCUUGCCUGCAGUCCCAGCAACUCAGGAAGCUGAGAUACAAGGAUUGCAAGUUCAAGGCUAGCCUCAGCAACUUAGCAAAGCCCUAAACAACUUAGUGAGACCGUCUGAAAAAAUUAAAAAGGGCUGGGGUGUGGCUCAGUGGUUAAGUGACCCUGGGUUCAAUCCCUGGUACAAAAAAAAAAAAAAAUUCCUUAUUGGCCCUCUGGUCAACAGCUGACCUAACAGCCAUAAGAAGCAGUGGGUAGCUCCUUUACAUGACUGACAGUGCUCAAUUCUGUGGCCAAUACUUAUCUCCAAUGGUGGUCUCUUCACCAAAGAGCAGAGGGUUUUCCUGUAAAACUUGGCUAUUUCUUGGGUUCCUGUGUGGAAGGUGCAUUUGGUAACCUGACAGCUCUUCCUUGGGCUCUUCAGCAGUACGAACUGUUUCCACUUGUGCCUGUUCAGGCCUCAGCCACCCAGGAACCUUCAGCCUGCAGCGUAGGUUUUAGCCAGUGACAGGUCACCAGUUGCUUGGUCAAGCAAGCUGCACAGAUGGUGAGCGCGUGGAACUCCCGCCAGGGGCUGUGGGUGGCUUAGUGGAGAAGCACUUGCCUGGCACCUGUGAGGCCCUGGGUUCCACCCCAGCAAAAAAGGUCACUUUUCUAUCUUGCAGCCUUGUGGCUGCAGGCUCCUAGUCCCCACAUUUUCUCCCAAAGCAUUUCUCUAGCAGGGGGGUGCCUAGGAAGGACACAUGAGACUGAUUUCAAUAUUUCCAGUUCCUGUGAGAGCUGUCUGUUCUUCCCUCACCAGUUUUCUCGCCUCUAGCAGAAGCCAUAGAAAUUUAGUUGGUUUGACUUUUCAGCUCAUGUCUAUAAAUACAUGUGUCAGCUAUCAUACGUACAGUGAUUGACAGAUGUCUUACAGUUGAUUUUACAUAGAUUAAAAACAAGCAAUUUUGAUAUCUAGACGCAUUCUUCACUUAUGGUGGCUUUUGCCCACCAUCUGUAUAAUAAACUGCCUUGUAAGCAACCAGCCUGGAGAGUCACACUGUAUUCUGAAUGCUUUUUCCUGUAGCUGCCAUGGUCCGGGGUGAGCAGGGUGACUGUGCAGCUCAGAUUUCCAACCAGGGGCAAGCACCAUUGGCAGCUAACCAGGCUGGGAGCGUGGCUUAGCGGCAGUGCACAUGAGGCCCUGGGUUCAAUCCCCAGCACCAAAAAAUACAAGCAUAUAAAUAAGGAAUGCCAGCUGGAAUGAGCAUUCUCUAGCACAAAUGCCAAAAGCCAAAAUUUCUCAUUUGAGAUUGGUGACAGUGUGGUCUGCGGCUGAAAUAGAAAUACAGUUAUCACAAGUUUUCAUCCUAGAAGAUGAACGUACUUCUUACUGGUCUAUAAAAGAGAAAUGGCUUUGUUCCCCUGAGAAUAAUGCCAAUAUCUCUUAACAAAGUCAACUCAAAACCUGUCGUUGAGAAUUAGAGGUGAAGUCUAGGUUCAAGUUUUAUACUCUGUAGAGUGUCCUAGGAGCUCAUGGAAUAAACUGAAGAACUUAGGGCGGCCUUUUGAUGUACUUGCUUUUCCUUUGUGCCUUAGUUUCUCAAAAUAGCAGCAGUAUCAAGUUUUGGUGGGGAAUAAAAGUGGGAAUAUCACAGAAAUCCAAUGUUUUGAAAGAAGCCCUCCUGGGGAUGGAGGGCACAAUGUGGUUUUCUGGCUCACCGUCAUCAUUGGGUUUCCUGGAUAGGAGGGUUGCUACGUAGGUUUUUACAUCAGGCAUACCAAAAGCACUUCCUAGAAGUUUUUUUGUUGUACCAUCAAAUCAUACAUGUUGGAAAGGUAGUUGGCUACUCCCUUCAAGCCUAUGCAAUCAGGUUGAACAAGAAUUUAUUGCUACUUCUUGAUUCAUCAAACACCAAAUGCCCACAUGCCAGGCACUGAUGAACUUGGGUGACUAAAACAGAUGGGAAUACCCUGCCCUUGUGAAGCUUUUGGUAGGGAGACACGAAGCAAAUUUUAGCUUCAAAAGCAAGACGUAUUUUUUGUUUAAUAGCAUGCUUUUUUAUUUUAAAAGUCAGCGGGUUCCAAUUCAGUCAACUGAGGGGAAAGCUCAUAGUGGAAUCAGAUGCUGUGAACCUAGAAUUACUCUUUAAAUUUUUAUGUUAAGAGCAAAAUCAGGAAGAAAAAAGGUGACAUCUGUUAGAAGUGCCUGAAGAGGUCACCUAUUGAGAAGUCAGGUUAGCAUGCUGAAGGUAGGUGGGCAGGACUGAAGUCAGUUUGUGAAAGGUGACCCUGCGUGUGCACCUCUUCUGCCCAGACCUCCUUUCAUGCCGCAGUGCCCUCCCACACCCCUUGAGUGGGGCUGCUCUGGAGUACUGACCAUCUGGGCUCCCAGGAGUGAGCACAGUGCUAUUUUAAAGCAGCCAAGUGCCACAUGUGAAAAUGGGAAUCUAGAACAGAAAGUGUAGCAAAUGAUGGUUUGGGACCGGGUGGCAGGGAGGAUUAAUAUACAGAAGGAUUCGGGACCGCUCCAUCAAAGAGACAUUCUCUAACCCAGUAUUUAAAAUGUCACAAUAUAUGUUGUCCUGAAGCAUAGAGGUAGAAUUUCUGAAUCUUAAGCUCUUGGUGACUUCUGAGGUUUACAGCUAGGAAACAUUCCCAAGGGUUUAUUGGUUACCAAUCCAGAUCCUCGAGCUAUACAACAGGAGAGGGUCCCGCUAAUAAGUUUUAGGACACCAUCUUAUGGAAGGAACCCUGUCAAGGAGAUGGCCCUGGGCGUAAGCAUUAGAGAAUGUUUCUUCUACCUAAAGAAGUUACUGUGUAGAUGAUGGGGAGGUGGUACAGAACACUAGAUGAGGAGCCGUUCACAGAACUGUUUCUCUAAACCAUGCAAAGGUUUUCCUUAGCUACAUACAGGGAGGAACUGUGCUGGGGCAUUUUUUUUCCUGGGAAAAUGCAUCUAACGGAGAUGAUUUUCUUUACAAGAGUUUGUUUUACCUUGAAGGAACACAUCUGUAGCCUACAGGGUGGACCUGCAUUUCAUGCCAGAGCUAGUCAGAUUGAUUUGUCCACUCCUUAGCCAGACCACUUACUCCUUCCUUAAAGCCCCACAGAUUUUGAGUUUAUGUUCCCCAUCCCAAACAUGACCAUCUGACUGCGUAGAUUUCUGUUCUCACUGCCCUGAUCAUCCUUUUGAGAUAAUCCUGGUGAUCCACACAGCAACUCAACACGUUGACUGAAUUUGCCUUGUCACUGUGUACCUAUCAUGAAAAAUAAUUUCUAUGUUUUUAUUCCAAAUCUCGUCUUCGUGGCAAGUUGGGCUAAUGGUCUUUGCACUCAAGAAGGAGUCGUUUACCAGUUUUAUAGCCAUAUUUGGCAAGCUGUAGUAAAAUGAAAACCCUUCUUUUCUUUCCCUUAUUCUUGCAGUUGCUCAUAUAUUGCAAGAUAUUUUGACUUUUCUUUGAGCUUUGAGACUACUGCAUCUUAAGAACUAGGCUGGCAAGACAGGUUGCCAGUGGCUCACUCACUCCCAAAUGCUUUGGUUUUGAGAGUUAGGAAAACUCUUGAGAACUUAAGGGAACCAAACUCAGGAAUCCCAAAGUCGGUUGCGUUGUGCCAUUUAGGGUUUAGGGCUGAACAUAGGAUCUGUCUGCAGCUGAGCAAAAUAGAUGCCUUUGAGUUUGAAUUUUUGUCACAUACUGAAAUGUAAGUCAGCCCUAAAUGAUCAAAACACUUUAUUUUCUUUUUUAAUAGGAACUUUCUGAAGAAAAAAGUGGUGUGUAAAAACAUUUGAUAUUUAAGACAAUAAAGUUUUUAUCAUAA